AUGCCACAAAGUGGUCGCAGAUCAAGGUCGACCUCGCUCACUGGGCCCGCGCGCCCGCGACAGACAGCAGAAUUCGCAGCGCUUAUUCUCGCACAGGGGUAUCAAAAUGGAAAUCUAGACUCAAUCUCGCAAGAUUCAAAGGCCCUUUUUCCCCUGGCCAAUAAACCUAUGCUUUAUUACUCUAUCAAGCAGCUAGAAAGCGUUGGUUUCGCCAGGAAUGAGAUCUAUGUUGCGAUUUCUGGUGAUGACCUGAAAGAGUACGAAGCGGAUGAGCGCGUUGUGCCAAUUGAAUCUCGCCUCCCCGAUUCUAACUUUAUCCGUGUGCGUCAAGUCGAAUCUUCCUUGGAUACUCUCAGGAAAGCCGUCCGUGAAAUCGAUACCCGUGAUGGUCUUCCAGAGAGUUUAUUAGUCGUCUACGUGGACGUUGUUUGUUGCAAAGUACUCACAAAAGUUGCUGAAAUUAGUCGCGUCUAUGACCCAGCGCUUGUUUCAGUGUACGGUCCACGAUCGACUGGUAUAAACGUGAAGGACUUACCUGGAGCCGAAUGUACGCAUUCGAUGGACAAGAUAACAAAAUUAAUCUUCUUCAACGGAAAAGACGCCGACGAGACUGUCCGCAAAGUUUUCCUUACAAUCGACACCGAGAAUUAUGAUGAUGAAUCUAUAAGACUGUCUCGUAGAGUUCUUACCAAAGGAGAAGGGCAUGUAGAAACGUCGUCUGACCUUGAUGACCAAGGCAUAUUUCUGUUCCGCAAAGACAUGAUUCAAUGGAUCAUUCACUCACCAGAUGAUAAACACUGGCAGUCCAUACGAGACGAUCUCAUUCCAGUGUUGAUUAAAUGUCAAUACAAACCCUACUCAGAUGAUUUCCCGUUCUUGGAAACCCCCGAAUUUCUUGCAGUUAUUGACGAGUCGGGCACGACUCGGCUUGACUCGGUCGAGCAUCUAAUUUAUGCAAAUAGGAAAAUUAUAGCUCAAGAACUACUUCAGCAAUGGGUAGUUAAUUCACGCCCGGAUCUCAAAAACUGCGACGUUGACGAGUCGACCAUUUUCGGAGACAAUGUGACCCGUUUCAACGACGCUGAGACAGAAAGAAUCGUCAAGGAUGACGCGUCGGACACUCUCAGUAACGAUGCCCUGGAAGGCUGUACAAAGUUACUUAUUCGCAAGUCCGUUAUUGGACCGCGAUGUCGCCUUGAAUAUCAGGCAACAGACGACAAGAAGAAGACGACUACUAUAUCGAAUUGUUACUUGAUGGGAGAUGCGCGAAUUUCGACUGGUUGCAAACUGAAUAACUGUAUUGUAGGCUCUGGAGUCACAAUCGGCGAGCAGUGCACGCUCGCGAAUUGUAUUAUCGGCCCUGGUGUGGUCGUGGAAAAAGGAAAGAAUUUAAGAAAUCAAACGCUGGAAAUUGAAUGA